AUGUUGAAGUCUACACAUAAAGUCACGGCGCCUCCUCCUUUGCCGGAAGGAUGGACUGAACAUAAAGCACCGGCCGGGCAUACCUAUUAUUACAACGCUUCUCUACAAAAAUCGACAUAUACACGACCUGCAGCACCACCUACUCCCGCUGCCCCUCCUCCUAUAGACCCAACUCAAAGUUUCUUGCAAUACCAAGCUGUUGGAAAUUCAAACCCAAGUGCUGGACCGAAUUUCAAUAACUUUUCCCCGCAAGGACAAUUCCCAGGUGGGGGUGGGCGUGGAGGAUUUCAAGGUAGGGGUAGGGGUGGACACGACAGACCUCCCAGACCACAGCCUACAGACAAGCCGAAGUCGCGGCAUCCAAUUCCUGAAUGUGAGCCCUGGGUGUUGGUGCAUACCAAACUUGGCCGAAGAUUUGUCUACAAUACCGAGAAGGACCAGAGUUAUUGGCGCAUACCUGAUAAAUUGAAGGAUGGGAUAUUGGCGUUGGAUCAGUUGAGAAUUAAGGAGAAGGCAGAAGCUUGGGCGAAGGAGAAAGAACCUGUUGAUUCAGGAGAAGCUCCCGGUGCUACUGUGCGGCCUCCUGUGGCUGCUCCUGAACCUGCACAAGGCAAUGGAGGGGAAGUAGAGGAUAGUUCCGAGUAUGAAGAGGUGGAGGUAACAGACGAUGAAGACGAAGAUGGGAAUCCUUCCAAACGGCAAAAGACUGAAGAGCAGGACCCGGACGCGCCAGUCGAAUUUAACGAGGAUGAUAUUGCGUUCCAGCUAGCCGCAAUGGGCCAAGAAUAUGGAUUGGAACCUGGAGAAUACGACGAUGGUAACAUGGAGGAAUGGGAAGAAGGUGCAGAGGGUCUGGAAAUUACGCAUGAGGACUCGGCUGCCUUAUUCAAGGAUUUAUUAAACGAUUUCGGAAUCAAUCCUUACAGUCCAUGGGAGAAAUUGAUUGAAGAGGGGAAGCUUGUAGACGAUAUCCGGUAUACAGCUCUGAACACCAUGAAGUUGAGGAAGGAAGUUUGGGAGGAGUGGUCGCGAGAAAAGAUCAAGGUUUUGCGAGAGCUCCGUGCGAAGGAAGAGAGAAGAGAUCCGAGGAUACCGUACCUUGCCUUCCUUCAAAGACAAGCGAACCCGAAACUAUACUGGCCUGAGUUUAAGCGGAAAUACAGAAAGGAAACCGAGAUGAAGGAUACAGCUUUGGCAGACAAGGAUCGUGAGAAGUUCUAUAGAGACCAUAUUAACCGACUCAAGCUUCCGCAGUCAACUCUCAAGUCCGACUUGUUAAACCUGCUCAAGGAUCAGCCUACCUCAGUACUAAACAAUGCGACUCUAUCUUCGCAUCUACCACCUUCCAUUCUUGCGGACAUCAAGUACAUUUCUAUUGAACCGACCGCAAGAGACGCUCUGGUCGAGACCUACAUCUCGACCCUACCGCCACCACCCGAAUCAAUACCCGAAGAAGAGACCGAGGAAGGCAUCAAAGAGAGAAAGGAACGAGAAAGGAGACAAAAGGCUCUGGAAGACCGUGAACGACAUGUUGCGGAAGAAAAACGACGGCAGAAGAGGAAUCUAGAAUUCGGCAAAGGCAGGUUACGGGAAGAGGAGCAGGAAAUUGCUAGGGCGAUGAACGUCACGAAGAAAGGGCUUAAAGAUCACCUCAUGGGAGAGGAAGGUGCAGAUAAAACUGCUUGA